AUGCCUAUUCAGGACUUCAAACGAAUGGUCAACGAUGUGCUGAAUAAUUGUCGUAUUGGUGUUGGACUCCAAGGCUCUUCCACUUGUCAGCAUAAUCCAUCGCAGAAAUUUUCUGAUUAUCUGCCUUCUGGAGCUCAAUUUAAUGGUUCUGUUCAAUCUACAAUAAAUCCUCGUCAACCUGUGAGUAAGUCUUCUGAUGGAACGAAGACAGUGCACGUCAUGCCAACUAGUGAUGUGAAGAUCGAAAGGCCACCACGUUAUGACGAACACUUCUGUGAGAAUGCUGCCGUUGUGGGUCAACCAUUCAAAUGUCACACGUUUAAUUUAUGGGUGGAUGGUUUUUGUGGAUCCGGAGACCCAACGAGAUUUAGUCUUGGUUCUUUAGGUAACAUUGGUCGACAGGCUGGUGUAAUACCAGUGAGAGGUCAAAUUGGAAAAGGUAUGCAAAUGCGGUAUGACGAAGGGCGAACAUCGAUAAUUUGUUUGGGAGAAUCGCCUUUGUUUGUACAAGCUCCGCUUCAUGCUACUCGCUCGAAUGAUGACACAGCUACAGUUUAUCGCUUAGCUGGGGUCGCUGAAUGCGAGGAUGUAGACAGGUUUCAUAAGUUGUUCGAAGAACAUGUUUAA